AUGAUGACGUCGAUAGCUCUUGCUCUGUGUUUGACACACCAUUCACCAAUGGUUCUGUCCAUUGUUGAUGAUGAUCCACAGGAGAAGACAAUGGAUUCGUUGUGGAAGAAACGGCACGUCUCUGACCUAACUCGGUCUGGUUCUCUGGUUGGAGUAACAGAAGCUUAUCUUGUAAUACCCGUAGACCACUUUCUAACGAAUCCUUCAUCUCUAACACUUUCUCCGAGAGCUUACUGUCGUCGAGGAUCUUCUUACGUAGUAACAGAGAAAGUGGAAGAGAGAGACGAUUUCUUGAAACAAGUUUGGUUUCUCAGAGAGAGUUUGGUUUUCUUCUUCGUCGACAUUGAAGAAUCCAUUGUUGUUUACAGAUUGGGAUACACUGUUUACUUACGGGAUGCUUCUAGUGGUUGUAAAUCUGUGUUUGUGACCAUUGAUGAAGAGAAAGGACCUGUCACAAGUUUAAACUGGACGCAAGAUGGUCGUAAUCUUGUAGUUGGUCUUGAUAACUCUUAAGUGCAGAUUUGGGAUUCUGUUUCCAAUCGUCAACUGAGAACAUUGAAAGGUUGUCACCAGUCAAGAGUUGGAUCAUUGACAUGGAACAAUCACAUUCUAACAACUGUGAGGUCAUCCAUUGUGGGAACUUAUGUGGUUCACACUCAAGAGGUUUGUGGUCUUAAGUGGGAAAGAUCUGGACAACAACUAGCAAGUGGUGGUAACGUCAAUGUAGUACACAUAUGGGAUUGUUCUGUCUCCUCCUCAAACUCAACUAGGCAAUGGCUACAUAGGUUUGAGAAACAUACACAUACAGCUGCUGUGAAAGCUCUUGUCUGGUGCCCAUUCCAAGCGAGUCUGCUUGCAACUGGUGGUGGUGUAGGAGAUGGGAUUAUUAAGUUCUGGAAACACACUGGGGCUUGCUUGAAUUCAGUAGAAACUGGCUCUCAAGUUUGUUCAUUGUUAUGGAGAAAAAGUGAAAGACAGUUACUUAGCUCACAUGGGUUUACACAGAAUCAGCUUACACUUUGGAAGUAUCCAUCUAUGUUGAAAAUGGCUGAACUCACUGGUCAUACAUCAAGAGUUCUUUAUAUGGCACAAAGUCCGGAUGGUUGUACCGUGGCUUCAGCAGCAGGAGACGAGACUCUUAGGUUUUGGAAUGUUUCUGGAGUACCAGAGACCACCAAGAAAGCUGCUCCGGAACCAUUUUCUCAUGUGAAUCGUAUUCGUUGA